CACACCGCCAUUUUGACAUAGAGACUAAAAUUUGAGUCGUUCUUUAAGCGAUAAAUCAAGCUAUAUGCACCAUUAUUUAUUCUUUAUUCGCUGCCACGGAUAAAGAUAAACAACCAUCGUGUGUGUACGGAAGUUAUGAGCCUGGAUACCUUACUAGAAGCGGCCAAAUAUGUGGAAUGGAAGAGCCACACAGUUAAGCCUACACGUGAUCCAGUGAAAGAUUCGCACUCGUAUUCUAAGCCAGCACCUUCCCAAGGUUCUGCAGAUGACAGCUCUGGAGAGGGAGGGACGGAUCGUGGGAAUUCUCUGUCUGAAAAUGAAUACGAUCUCAAAUCCAGACCGGGAGGGUCUGGGACUAGGGAAGUGCACAACAAGCUGGAGAAAAACAGGAGAGCUCACUUGAAGGAAUGUUUUGAGCUGCUGAAAAGUCAGAUUCCUUCAAUUGAAGACCUAAAGAAGACUUCCAACUUGAGCAUCUUACGAGGAGCUCUUAAAUAUAUCCAGGUUCUGAAAAGACGUGAAAGGGAAUACGAAGUUGAGACGCAGAGAUUAGCCAGCGAGAAAAUCAAGAACCAGUAUAAACUGGAUGUCUUGAAGAAUGAGCUCCAGGCCAUGAACGUAAGGUUUGACCUGAGUGUAUGGGCCGUAGCUGACGACCAGAUGUCUAAUUCUACAAACACUGCUACAGAGCGGGGAACACCAAUAAACUCUGACGAUGAGGAUAUGUUUGAUGGGCCACAGAGUCAAGCACCAUCUAUACCAACUACAACAACGCAAUCUUACGUAAUGGUUCACCCAAAUAAGAUCCAAAAUGCCCAGCCUCUUUCUGGACUCCGGGCGCAGUUGGCACAACCUGCAAGGAUCAUAGUUCCGCCAAGUUCGAGCAUACCCCUAGCCACAAGCCAUAACUCGGGGUCAAGUCAUGCUUAUGGGAGACCCCCCACAGUGGCAACUAUUCUAAGCCAAGCAGCUCAGAGAUCCAGUUCCUUAACAGUUGUACCAAUGUCAAAGUCGACCACCCACGUUCUUCAAAAAUCAGCCUCAGUGACACAAAUGCGUACCCCCGUUACACAGAUCCUUCAACAGACCAUUGCGCAGAAAGCUGUUGCUAGGCAACAAGCGAUUGUGCAUCAGAAUAUAUUACAAAGAUCUCAUAGUGUUCCAGGAACACUGCAGGCCACAAGUGGAAUUACUUUGACGCCUCUCACAAAUGUAGCGAAGACGCCGGUUCCUGUCUCCACCCCUGCAUCAACGGGGAAUCGGCCAGUCAUCCAUCGUAUUGCAAUUCCAAACCUCGUCAGCGGAGGUACAAUGACGGGUGGUGCAAUUGUGGCUAACGUCACAUCAGCGCAAGGGACCCUGAUAUCCCAGAAUGCACCAGUUUUGACGCCAGUUACAACAGGACAAUUGAAUGUUGAUAACAAGGGGAUUUAUACUUUGACUCCUAAUCCACAACCCAAUCAAAUUACAAUAUCGCGAUUUCCAAAUAUGACACAGACAAUUACAGCAUCUCCAGCUAAAGCCAGUUUGUCAAAAUCAACAACUACAGCAACAAUGACGACAUUACGCCCAGUUGUGACACUCCAGCCAACUCCUAGUGGAACGCAGUCUGAUGUUACCACACUGCGUCCAGUUGUGUCACUUCAGCCAGCUCCUGUUGUGACAUCGCAAUCCAAUAAUAACAAUACAACAGGGGCACAGCUUAUGAAGCACAUCACAGUCCCCCUUAAUCAAGUCUUGUCUGGGGGUCAGAUUUUAAGCCCGGGGCUGAACUUAAGCCAACUCAUGGGGCAAACUCUCCAGGCUGCGGCUCCUCAGACAUCCCAGACAAGUCCACGUACCCCUGUUACAAUCAGUGCAAUUCCAUCUUUUACACUUACUCCCUCUGGUGCCCCAAGUCCAACUAUGGCCCCUACUCGACCUCUGGUCCCUGCACAGCUUAUACAGAUGCCUGGAACUCAGCUAGUUGUUACCCCAUCAACUGUUGCUAGGACAACCACAACCCCCACGAGACCUGCAGUCCCCACACAGCUACUACAAAUGCCAGGGACUCAACUUGUUGUUACCCCCACCCCCUCAACUGUGGCAAGAUCAAGCGCUACCCCCACUACAAGACAAACGGUCCCCACCCAGCUGUUACAAAUGCCAGGGACUCAGUUGGUAUCUCCAUUGACUGUAGUAGGCCAAGGGGGUGUGAACCUUAAUAACAUUAUUAGUCCUCAAAUGAUUAAGCAAAUGGGACAAAACCCCAUAUUCUUCAUGCAGCCACAAAUGGUACCAGAGCAACACGUUAUCAUGGUAUCAGUACCUAGUAUAGUUUCCACGACAACCGUAUCUGGAAUAAUGACAAAUGCUGUUGCUGUUACCACGUCAACUAGCGGCAAAUCAUAG